GUCUGCAGGAAUGUUUAGAAGCAGGAAAAUAAAUUUGGGGGAAUGGGUUUUUAUUGCUUAUGGAAAUGAAAAUAGUGAAAUUAAAGUUGAAAAACAAGGAGUAUAUAUAUCUCUCAGACUUUAGGAAUUGAAGCUAGGACAUGAGAACAGUUCUAAGGUGGAAGACAAUUAGGUGCUUGCUAAUUACAGAUUUUAUCGAAGGGCGAAGCAAGAUAUGGCUGGAGAUGUACCUCCUGAACUCAACAAGGAAUCUACUGAGAAUGAUGUAAAUGGGAAUUAAAUGCUAGCCGAAGCCAUUCGGCAAAUGACUGAGAGUUUGCUUGAAAAUAAGGGAAGCACGUCAGGUCCACAGGUACGUGAUGAUUUUAAGGUGAUGGAUGAAUUACAUAAGUAUAAGCCAGCACCAUUUAAGGGUUCACCAAAUCCUUUGGAUGCCGAUAACUGGUUACUAGAAAUGGAGAAAAGAAUGGAAUUGCUUGAGGUAGAGGAUCGUCUUCGAGUUAAAAUUGCUACGUAUUACCUUCAAGAUGCUGCUGGUCAUUGGUGGACGGUGACUAAAACCAAGGAAGGGAUGCAGAAACUUACUUGGAAUGAGUUUCAAGGAACUUUUCCUCCAAAAGUUCUUUCCUGUGGCUUUGAAAAAUGCCAAGAUAAUGGAAUUCAUACAGUUGGAUCAGGAGAAGGAGGGAUUGUCCGUUUUGGAGUAUGAUAUGAGGUUCGAGGAGCUAUCUCGAUAUGCUACUGAUAUGGUGAAAACUGAGCACUUGAAGGCAAUUAAGUACCAAAAGGGGCUGCUGCCAGAUAUUCGUUUUAAGCUUGCACAACACAUGAUCACGAGUCAUAAUGAAAUAUUUGAGAGGGAAUUGAUUAUUGGGGCAGCGUACAAAGAAUUUCGAGAAGGGAAGGACCGAAAGAGAAGUAACUUUAACAACAGAAAUGAGCCUCCUAAGAAGCCAAGGCCAGAGAAUGCACCGAAGAGAUGAUACGAAGUGGUUCACCGCAAUAAUAUGCAAGAAAUGACUUGUUACGAGUGCCGCAAGCCUGGACAUCUUCGUAGGAAUUGUCCGCUUCUUAACGGACAAAGGUUUCGACACGGUAACCGUGGUAACAACUCUCAACACAACAGGCCUAAUCAAGCGAGACCAACACCACCAACUAACCAACAAGGAAAGGCGUUUGCAACAGUAGAGACUAAGGGUGAUGCUGACAAUGCAGUGGUAGAAGUUACACUUCUUCUAUUCAAUUCUUGGGUUAAAGUUUUAUUCGAUCCGGGUGCUACUCAUUCCUUUAUUUCUGAUCGGGUUGUUCUAAGUUUGGAUUUGCGUUCUGAACCAUUAGAGAAAGUAUUCCAUGUGAUAACACCAGUUGCUAGUGUUAGCCUAGGUCGUAUUUGUCGGGCUUGUAUAGUUCGCUUGUAUAGGCCUAAUCAAGCGAGACCAACACCACCAACUAACCAACAAGGAAAGGCGUUUGCAACAGUAGAGACUAAGGGUGAUGCUGACAAUGCAGUGGUAGAAGGUACACUUCUUCUAUUCAAUUCUUGGGUUAAAGUUUUAUUCGAUCCGGGUGCUACUCAUUCCUUUAUUUCUGAUCGGGUUGUUCUAAGUUUGGAUUUGCGUUCUGAACCAUUAGAGAAAGUGUUCCAUGUGAUAACACCAGUUGCUAGUGUUAGCCUAGGUCGUAUUUGUCGGGCUUGUAUAGUUCGGGUUGGUUACCAAGAACUAUCAGGAGACCUUAUUGUCUUGGGAAUGACAUUAUUCGAUGUUAUUUUAGGCAUGGAUUGGCUUGCGAAAUAUCAAACAUUAGUGGAUUUUUAUAGGAAAAAGGAUCACUUUUCUUUCCAAGGAUGGUGUAUCCUUUUGUUUUGAUGCUGUAAGGUAUUCUCUUGACAUCCUUGCUAGUAU